UAACGAAUGGGCGGAGACUAGCUGCUGGAUACGCAACUAUAGGGACUGAAGAACACAAACUUGCUAGGGAAAAGCCAUUCUAGUGAGCUGAAAUUAUAUUCUACAUUUAGGCCGAACUUAUACUUUAAAGUACUUUUAUGCAAGGCAAUUAUUGCACAAAAAUAAGGGGUUAUAACCAUUGGAAAAGUAAUGGAAAAGUAUUGGAAAACAAGUACCAAUGGUGUCAGCAAUGAGUGAACUACGGACAACAUGGUAGGCUGGCUCUGCAUAACUAUUUGCAAAAAUCACAGCUUUUGAAACCUUGAACCCAAUAUUGAAAAAUAUUGUUUUGCUCCUGUUAUGUGGAAUUCUUCAGAGGGACAAUUAAUUGUAAUGUUUGUUUAGAGGUCGCGUUUACAUUAUGAGGCCGAUUAGCUUUGCUGGAGUUCAAAUGGACAAAGAAAGUGGUUCACUAGUCUUCACCGACCGAGCAGACAGAACCUGGAUCUAAAGUGAAGGGAGACUGCCGACUUCAGUGCCACAGCAGUGCCAUAAAACUUCACAAACAGACUUUUGAAUAUCGGACCCAUUACGAGGAAAUUAUGUGGAGCCCAUGGCAGUUGGUGUACCGUACAGCCUUUGGCUGCAUGGUUCUGGAAAUAUUUAUUCACAAUGUUGCACAAGGACUCAAUGUUUGUAUGAGUGGCAGCGCUACAUCCUGUGAAGAAUGCCUCCUCAUCCACCCGAGCUGCGCCUGGUGCGCACAAGAGGAGUUUGGCAGGGCGAGGACCCUGACGUCGCGGUGUGACCUGAGUCAGAACCUGCAGAAGAGGGGCUGUGAGGCCCAUAACAUAGAGAGUCCUAGUAGUACAACUAUGGUAGUGAAGAGCGAACCCCUCAGCUCCAAAGGCUCUGGGCCUACCCAGUAUGAUGUCAUCCAGAUCAUGCCCCAGAAAAUCUCCCUGAGUCUUAGACCAGGUGACCAGACAUCAUUCGAAGUGCAGGUGCGUCAGGUGGAGGACUACCCUGUUGACCUGUACUACCUGAUGGACCUGUCUCUGUCCAUGAAGGACGACCUGGACACCAUCAGGAAUCUGGGCACCAAGCUGGCUGACGAGAUGAGGAAACUCACCUCGAACUUCAGACUGGGCUUUGGCUCCUUCGUAGACAAGAACAUGUCACCAUUCUCUUACACGGCCCCCAAGUACCAGGACAACCCCUGCAAUGGAUACAAGCUGUUCCCCAACUGUGUCCCCUCCUUCGGGUUUCGCCACCUCCUCUCCCUGACUGACAAGGUGGAUCGCUUCAACGAGGAGGUGCAGAAACAGAUGGUCUCUCGCAACAGGGACGCUCCAGAGGGAGGCUUCGACGCCAUCCUGCAGGCUGCCGUCUGUAAGGAGAGGAUAGGUUGGAGGAAGGAGGCCUUCCACCUGCUGGUGUUUGCCACAGACGAUGUCCCUCACCUGGCCUUGGACGGUAAACUGGGAGGCCUGGUCCAGCCCCAUGAUGGAGAGUGCCAUAUGAAUGAGAAGAACGAGUACAGCGGCUCCACCAAGAUGGACUAUCCCUCUCUGGCUCUAUUGGGAGAGAAGCUGGCGGAGAACAACAUCUAUCUUAUCUUCGCUGUGACUAAAAGGCUCUAUGUCAUUUACAAGAAUUUCACAGCACUGAUACCUGGAACUACAGUGGAGAUUCUGGAUCAGGACUCCAAGAACAUCAUCCAACUCAUCGUUAAUGCCUACAAUAACAUCCGGUCCAAAGUGGAGCUGACUGUGUGGGAUCAACCUGAAGACCUCAGUCUAUCCUUCACCGCCACCUGUCAGGACGGACAGCCUCUACCAGGCCUCAGGAAGUGUGCCGACCUCAAGAUCGGAGACACUGUGUCCUUCAACGUCAGUGUGGAGGCUAGGGGCUGCCCCGCCCCAGGCACCCAGCAGAGAUUCACCAUCAAACCUGUGGGCUUCAAGGAUCGUCUGGAGGUGUCAGUGGACUACCGCUGUGACUGUGGCUGCACCGACUGGACCCAGGCUAACAGUAGCCGCUGCAGCUCCAUCGGACAGUACACCUGUGGUACCUGCCGCUGUGAUCCGGGCUACCUGGGCGCCCGCUGUGAGUGCCAGGAGGGUGAGGCUGGCAGCAUGUACCUGACCACCUGUAGGGAGGCGGAAGGGAAGCAGAUCUGUGGUGGGAGAGGGGAGUGCAGCUGUAACCAGUGCCUCUGCUACGAGUCAGAGUUCGGGAAGAUCUACGGGACCUUCUGCGAGUGUGACGACUUCUCCUGUGCCCGACACAAGGGCAUCCUCUGCUCAGGUCACGGAGAGUGCCACUGUGGGGAGUGUAAGUGCCACGCAGGCUACAUCGGGGACAACUGUAACUGUUCCACGGACACGUCUUCCUGUGUGUCUGAUGAUGGGAAGAUCUGUAGUGGGCGAGGCAGUUGUGCGUGCGGGCGCUGCCAUUGUACAGAACCAGGGGCCUUUGGGGACACCUGCGAGAAAUGCCCCACCUGCCCCGAUGCCUGUGGCACCAAAAGGGAAUGCAUCGAGUGCCGACUUUUCGACUCCGGAAGACUGUCCGACAACCAAACCUGCCAGCGGCUAUGCAAGGACGAGAUCAUCACCGUGGAAACGCUUAAAACGGAAGACCCAAACGCUGUCCUUUGCUUGUACAAGACAGAGAACGAGUGUGUGAUGAAGUUCAUGUACUCUGAACACACCAACGGCAUGUCAGUCCUCACCGCGCUCAAAGAGCCAGAGUGUGGCGCAGCGCCGGAUGCCAUGACGGUCCUCCUGGCGGUGGUGGGUAGUAUCCUGCUGGUGGGCAUUGUGCUGCUAGCCAUCUGGAAGCUGGUCAUCACUGUGCAUGACCGGCGAGAGUUUGCCCGCUUCCAGAGCGCACGCUGCCGCGCACGUUACGAGAUGGCCUCAAACCCCCUCUACAAGCAGCCCAUCUCCAGCCACACAAUAGAGACAGACUUCAGUAUGUAUGGCAAGUCUUACAACGGAGCAGCCCACUGACCUCCUCCCCACGGGGGUGGUGGGGUGGGGGCACGGCAGGACCGGUCCAAGUAGAGAACCAGGAGGGGUGGGAAAUGAUUAAAUAAACUUCACCAUCUAUCUGAUCUGCCAAGGACUUAUGACAAACUGAAACAGAAGUAAAAAUAGUGGUGUGGAUUGUUUCUGGGGACUGUGGCCUUUCUUUUCUUUCUCACUCUGACUGAGGAGAAGCAAAGUUCCCAACUGCCAUGAAGUAAUGAGAUGUGAUUUAAAGCUCUGUUCUGCUCUGUGUGAUUUACUGAUGUCAGUAGAAUACAGCCCAGAGGACAAGCAACAACGUUCUCCUGGUCUGGAAAUUGUUUAAAGAGGACGGAGACAAUAAUCUGUGCUCCUCUGAGUCAUCUCUCUAGAUAACAAGCGGAUGUUAUAUAAGCGGAAUGAACUUUGUAGACAGGACAAUGAAACCCUAUCUGUCGCUGACAAUUUGUGUUAAAUUGCCAACUUCGCAUCACAUAAACCAUAACUCCUCCUUCACAUAAGCAGCAAUAUACAUUGUACAGACAGGCAAGGCAUCGACUUAUAUUUGUAUGUAUAUUUUUUUUAACUCUUAAAAAAGCCUUUCCGACACUCACUAUGCAUCCUCCUUCAUAACAAGUGGAAAUAUUAAUUAAUGUACAUCAGCAGGAGUUUUUCAGGUUUAUGAGAUAAUAACAGCGCAUUUUUUGGUGAUGAUGACUUUGGCAUCAUGGUACUAACAUUAAAAGAGCAAUAGUUUUCUUACCCUUGUUUUGCACAACAGAUGAUGAUAUUAUUAGGAGAGUCUCAAAGUGACUAAGAAUCUCUCUAUUCUCAUUGUGUUUGUAUUGUUGUUGUUGUUUUGCACUUCUUUCUCUAGUCUUGAUCUAUUCAGUUAGCCUGGACCCAGAUUUGUUUGUGCUGUGUCCAACACCUAUUGUCAUUGCCAAACAAAUAGAUACAUUUGGAUACGGCACAAACAGAUCUGGGACCAGGCUACUAUUCAGUAUAACUGCAAUAACCCUGCUCUCUGUCAUAGCUACAUUACUUGCACUGUGAGUGUGGGUGGGUGGAGAGACUGGGAAGGUCUCUAAGCUGUGUUGACAUGGGACAUAACUCUCCCUCACCCAUUCCAACAGGAAGAAGCAGGCUAAAACAUGGCACUGGAGUUAUGAAAUGGCUACAGUAUGAGAUGGGAGGGAAGACUCCUCAUUAAAUGUAUUCUGUGGCCUUUUUUGUAAUGGUGAGCUAGGCUUGAGAGUGUGCGUGUGUGAGAGAGAGCGGGAGACAAUGGGCGAAGAGAGAGUGUGCGCGCUAACGUGCAUGGAUGUGUGUGUGCCAAACGCAAUAAGAAUCACAUAAAAACAAUCUGUUUCCUUGUGCUUACUUGUGUGUCUUGGCACCAUGUGAGGAAAUGCAUUAGCCCAGACGUUUGUGAGUUCAACAGUAAAAUGUACGUUAUCCAGCAUCCUUCCUGUACAGCAUUGAUAAUUCACCAUUAGAAACCAAUGGAUUUACAACACUACUACAUAUAUAUGUCAUUCUGCACACAGAGCAGGUAUACACAAAACAGCAAUAAAUGGAUGACUUAAAAGCAAAUAUAUAUCCCACUUAUUUGACUUUUACUCCCCUGGUGACCCUCUUGCAAUCUUGCCCCCACCCCUGUCCAGAAUCCUCCACAUUUUAUUUGUUUUACCUAUGCAUAGUUUCACCUGUGCAGCAAUCAUGAAACUAUACUUCCUAGCAGCAGCACAUUUCAAAAUAACAAAAAUAAACAUCCAGUCUGUUGUUUUUCCGAACGAAAUGAACUGUGAGUGUUGGAGGGUGACUGUGAAUGUUAAGAGGGGCAUGAAUGAAUUGGGGGUCUGUCUUUGGCUUAGACCGCAGGUGCCAGGGAAGCUGUGUGCAUGUGUUCAAACACAUCUGUUCUCACUCUCAACCAAUAAGCAGCAGUCCACUGCCCUCAUGUAUGGUCCUCUGAUCAUACAGAAACUCAGAGGAAAGGUGGUCUGGUCUCCCUUUGAUUCUGUCUGUCAUUUACACCUUGGUUUCUGCUGUCGCCCAUGACGACCCUCACCAUGUGCUUCUCCUCAGCUAACCCAGAUUUGUAUCUUAGCAGCUAAAUUAGUAGCAUAAAUUCAGAUUUGUUUUCAGAGUUCAAAUGAACUGCAAAUAAGACUCAUAGAAGAACUAACAACCCAAAGUAAUGUCAAUAAACACAUGGAAAUAUUUGUA